GCCAACAACACCAUCCACAUUCACGGGAUGCUAGAGAAACACAAACCGAAAAAGAUCGUUUCCGACACGGCUGAACAAAGGAAUAGUCAAGGAUGAAUCAGAAUCAUUACAGUACUGUAGUAUAUAUUUAAAAUUAAAAAAAAAGCAAACCUCAUGCCCGCACUCCAAAAUGCAUGCCCAAGAUGUCUUUAUUACAAGGAUUCGUGCCGUCGUCAUUUUCCCAUCCGUGUGCCCGAUGCUGGUCGUUUCGUCGUGUCAAUACAAUGCCGGUGUGGAGAACGGCAUGCGCUCCCCACCAUCGUGAUCUGUGCAAACCCCUCCCGCCCCCUUCAUAUCCCGAAUCCAUCCGUGUGAGAGGGCGACCUCCCUCCCACCAUUUCUAUCGGACCCUCGAGCGUCCGACAUUCACCUCGGUCCCUCCCUUCACCUCCAGCACCGAUCGCGCCGAAAGGACGGAUUUCGCCGCCAUGCCGUCGCUGCCGCACUUCUCCGUCGACUGCGACGAGCCGGACAGAACGCGGGCGCAGCCGUCGUCGUCGCCGCGCUCCAGUGCCUCCACCAUGGUCUCGUCGAAGCCGGAAUCGACAUGCUGCAGAUGUUUGGAUUCCUGGCUUGGCCCGUCCUGCUCCUCGUGGUGGUGCUGGCGCUGCUGCAUGCGCUGCUGGCUUUCGUGGUGCUUUUGCCACAGCCAUGCUUCGUAGAUGGCCAUCUGUUCUGGGUCGUCGACGUCGGGCGCGGGGCCAUACUCGGAGUGGUCGAGGUGUUCCGUCGGCCGUGGGGCACUGGUGUCGUAUCCCGUCGUCGCUGCCAC